CCGAGGCCGCGGCGGCGGAGCAAGGCGAGGGAACCGGUGUCCCCCUCUCCCCGCGCGAGGAGCCGUGGAGCCCCAGGACCAUGGACGCUCUUAACAGGAACCAGGGAGGCCCCGGAUGCAAGACCCAAGCAAUGAUAAAGAAGGGGCCCUUGGACUUGAUUGAGACAGGCAAGGGGCUGAAAGUGCAGACGGACAAACCACAUCUGGUGAGCCUGGGCAGUGGGCGGCUUAGCACGGCCAUCACCCUUCUGCCUCUGGAGGAAGGGAAGACGGUGAUUGGCUCCGCGGCCAGGGACAUCUCCCUGCAGGGUCCCGGGCUGGCCCCAGAGCACUGCUACAUCGAGAAUGUGCGGGGCACCCUCACCCUCCACCCUUGUGGCAACGUCUGCAGUAUCGAUGGGCUCCCUGUCCGGCAGCCCACCAGGCUCACUCAGGGCUGUAUGUUGUGCCUGGGCCAGUCCACCUUCCUCCGUUUUAACCACCCAGCCGAAGCCAAGUGGAUGAAGAGCAUGAUUCCGGCAGGGGGCCGGGCCCCAGGGCGCCCCUACAGUCCUGGCUCAGCAGAGUCCGAAAGCCUGGUGAAUGGCAACCACGCCCCACAGCCUGCAACCCGGGGACCCUCUGCCUGUGCCAGCCACAGUUCGCUGGUGAGCUCUAUUGAGAAGGACCUGCAGGAGAUCAUGGAUUCACUGGUGCUAGAGGAGCCUGGAGCUGCUGGCAAGAAGCCUGCCGCGACUUCCCCACUGUCGCCCAUGGCUAAUGGUGGGCGCUACUUGCUGUCCCCCCCAACCAGCCCUGGUGCCAUGUCUGUGGGCUCCAGCUAUGAGAACACCUCUCCAGCCUUCUCUCCACUCUCCUCACCGGCCAGCAGUGGAAGCUGUGCCAGCCACUCACCCAGCGGGCAGGAGCCAGCACCUUCUAUGCCCCCGCUGGUUCCCGCCCGUUCCUCCAGCUACCAUCUGGCCCUGCAGCCCCCACAGUCCCGGCCGAGCGGUGCCCGCGCCUCUGAGAGCCCCCGGUUAGGCAGGAAGGGGGGUCAUGAGAGGCCUCCGAGUCCUGGCCUCCGAGGUCUGCUGACAGACAGCCCUGCAGCCACUGUCUUGGCGGAGGCCCGCAGAGCCACCGAGAGCCCCCGGCUAGGAGGACAGCUGCCCGUGGUGGCCAUCAGCCUGAGUGAGUACCCGGCUUCCGGUGCCCGAAGCCAACCCACCAGCAUUCCUGGCAGCCCCAAGUUCCAGCCUCCAGUCCCUGCUCCCCGAAACAAGAUUGGCACACUCCAGGACCGCCCUCCCAGCCCUUUCCGUGAGCUGCCGGGCACCGAGCGGGUGUUGACGACCAGCCCCUCUCGCCAGCUGGUGGGCCGAACCUUUUCCGACGGGUCAGCCGCCCGCACCCUGCAGCCUCCCGAGAGUCCCCGCCUGGGCCGGCGCGGCCUGGACAGUAUGCGAGAGCUCCCUCCGCUGAGCCCCUCUCUGUCUCGACGGGCACUCUCCCCCAUGCCCACCAGGACGGCUCCAGAUCCCAAGCUCCCCCGAGAAGUAGCAGACAGCCCCCGGCCCCGGCGCUGGGCCGCCCACGGGGCCUCCCCGGAGGACUUCUCACUGACCCUGGGGGCUCGGGGCCGGAGGACACGGAGCCCCUCACCCACACUUGGGGAGUCCCUGGCACCCCGCAAGGGCAGCUUCAGCGGCAGGCUGAGCCCAGCCUACAGUCUGGGCUCUCUGACAGGGGCUUCGCCCCGCCAGAGCCCCCGUGCCCAGAGGAAGCUGUCCAGUGGGGACUUGCGGGUGCCUGUCACUCGGGAGCGGAAAAAUAGCAUCACGGAGAUCAGUGACAAUGAGGACGACCUCCUGGAGUACCACCGGCGCCAGCGCCAAGAACGGCUCUGGGAGCAGGAGAUGGAGAGGCUGGAACGCCAGCGCCUGGAGACCAUCCUGAACCUGUGUGCCGAGUACAGCCGGGCUGACGGGGGGCCUGAGGCUGGGGAGCUGCCCAGCAUUGGGGAAGCCACUGCAGCAUUGGCGCUGGCAGGCCGGAGGCCCUCCCGGGGCCUUUCAGGGGCCACUGGGAGGAAUGCCGAGGAGCCUGGAGGGGCCACCCAGCGCCUGUGGGAGUGUGUGGAGCGCUCAGACGAGGAGAACCUCAAGGAGGAGUGUAGCAGCACAGAGAGCACCCAGCAGGAGCAUGAAGAUGCCCCUGGCACGAAGCUCCAGGGGGAGGUGCUGGCCCUGGAAGAGGAGCGGGCCCAGGUGCUGGGACGCGUGGAGCAGCUCAAGGUCCGAGUGAAGGAGCUGGAGCAGCAGCUGCAGGAGUCAGCCCGAGAGGCCGAAAUGGAGCGAGCAUUGCUGCAGGGGGAGAGGGAGGCAGAGCGGACACUGCUGCAGAAGGAGCAGAAGGCAAUGGACCAGCUGCAGGAGAAGUUGGUGACAUUGGAGACCGGCAUCCAGAAGGAGAGGGACAAGGAGGCCGAGGCCCUGGAGACAGAGACAAAGCUGUUUGAGGACUUGGAGUUCCAGCAGCUGGAGCGGGAGAGCCGAGUGGAGGAGGAGCGGGAGCUGGCGGGCCAGGGGCUGCUCAGGAGCCAGGCCGAGCUUCUCCGCAGCAUCACCAAGAGGAAGGAGCGUCUGGCAGUCCUGGACAACCAGGCGGGCCAGAUCCGGGCCCAGGCCGUGCAGGAGUCCGAGCGCCUGGCGCGGGACAAGAACGCCUCCCUGCAGCUGCUACAGAAGGAGAAGGAAAGACUGACUGUGUUGGAGGGGAGAUACCACUCGCUCACAGGAGGCAGGCCCUUCCCGAAGACCACGUCCACUCUCAAAGAGCUUCAAAAGCUGCUGCCCCCUGCUGUAGACUUAGAGCAGUGGUACCAGGAGCUGAUGGCCGGGCUGGGGACCGGCCCCGCUGCAGCCUCCCCGCGCUCCUCUCCCCCGCCUCUGCCCGCCAAAGCUUCCCGGCAGCUGCAGGUUUACCGCUCCAAGAUGGAUGGUGAGGCCACCAGCCCCUUGCCCCGGACCCGCAGUGGCCCCCUCCCCUCUUCCUCUGGCUCUUCUUCCUCUUCCUCCCAGCUCAGCGUGGCUACCCUGGGCCGGAGCCCCUCUCCAAAGAGUGUUCUACUCGCCCAGAAUGGGACAGGCAGCCUUCCUCGAAACCUGGCGGCCACGCUGCAGGACAUUGAGACCAAGCGCCAGCUUGCCCUGCAGCAGAAGGGACAGCAGGUGAUUGAGGAGCAGCGGCGGCGCCUGGCAGAGCUGAAGCAGAAGGCGGCGGCCGAGGCCCAGUGCCAGUGGGAUGCCCUGCACGGGGCGGCCCCCUUCCCGCCGGGCCCCUCCGGCUUCCCCCCGCUCAUGCACCACUCCAUCCUGCACCACCUGCCGGCUGGCCGGGAGCGCGGGGAGGACGGCGAGCACGCGUACGACACGCUGAGCCUGGAGAGCUCGGACAGCAUGGAGACCAGCAUCUCCACGGGUGGCAACUCUGCCUGCUCGCCCGACACCAUGUCCAGCGCCAGCGGCCUGGACGUGGCCAAGAUCGAGGAGAUGGAGAAGAUGCUGAAGGAGGCGCACGCCGAGAAGAGCCGGCUCAUGGAGUCCAGGGAGCGGGAGAUGGAGCUCCGGAGGCAGGCCCUCGAGGAGGAGCGGAGGCGGCGUGAGCAGGUGGAACGGAGGCUGCAGAGCGAGAGCGCCAGGAGGCAGCAGCUGGUGGAGAAGGAGGUCAAGAUGCGGGAGAAACAGUUUUCCCAGGCCCGGCCCCUGACCCGCUACCUGCCGAUCCGGAAGGAGGACUUUGACCUGAAGACCCACAUCGAGUCCUCGGGCCACGGCGUCGACACCUGUCUGCACGUGGUGCUCAGCAGCAAGGUCUGCCGCGGCUACUUGGUCAAGAUGGGCGGCAAGAUUAAAUCGUGGAAGAAGCGCUGGUUUGUGUUCGACCGGCUCAAGCGCACCCUUUCCUAUUAUGUGGACAAGCACGAGACGAAGCUGAAGGGGGUCAUCUACUUCCAGGCCAUCGAGGAAGUGUACUAUGACCACCUGCGCAGCGCAGCCAAGAAGAGGUUUUUCAGCUUCACUGUGGUGACUGAGAGCCCGAACCCAGCCCUCACCUUCUGUGUGAAGACCCACGACCGGCUGUACUACAUGGUGGCGCCGUCAGCGGAGGCCAUGCGCAUCUGGAUGGAUGUCAUCGUCACCGGAGCCGAGGGCUACACACAGUUCAUGAACUGAUCAUACCGGUCCCGGCGUGGGCCUGCUGCACUGCCCGGGAGACAGAGUCGCACUCUGGGCCCCAGGCCGCGCGGCAGUGCUCCCAGAGGCCCUGGGAGGGCUCUUGUACAAGACUUCGUACCUUUCUGUAAGGAGCUGGUCCUGUGAAUGUCCGCGCUCAGGGCCCCUGAAGAACCAGCCAGCAGAUAAGUGGGGAGGCUACUGGGGACUCAGAACUGGCAAGAACCCUUCACGGUCCGGCCCCAGGGCUGCCAGGGCUGAGCAGCUGGCAGAGCAGGCCCAGCUCUGACCUGGCACCUGCGCUCCCCUAGCCUAAGUUCUCCUUCGCAAAGGACAAAUUAUGGUACCAGAAUCUGCCAAAGAUCCCUCCUUGCCUCCGUGCCCCCCACCCUUUGCAGGGGCCUUGGGGGCUGAGGACAGCCACAUCCGGAGUGGGGUAACAGCUCAGGCGGUGUACUUCUCAAACCCCGCUCUACCCUGCUCUCCUGCAUUUUUGUUAUUACUUUGUUCAAGGGCCAGAGACCUCAAGUGUCAUCCUUGAGGUCCCAACCCCAUCCCCUUUUUGCAGACCCCAAACCCUGAUCUCCAUAGUGACUGCUUCGUUGCCAUGAUUACAUACAUGCUCAUGGCCCCGGCUCUGCCCAUGCCUCAGCCGUGGGCCCAUCUGAGGGUACGUACUGCCAUCUCUCCAGCCCAGGACCUUGUGCAUCUCAUGCUGGGGCGGGGGGAGGGACCAACCCCCGCCCCGGCCGUCCCCUGCCUGUGGCUCCAGGCCCCGGUGCGCAGCCUGCCGGCCCCCCAGUCCAGCCCUCUCCCUUCCACUCGUGCCUUGCUUAGAGCCAGAGGGACAAAGCUCGGACAUCCAGAGACUGGAGGAGGAGGAGGGAGGCAGAUGGGAGAGGCGGCUAGAUGGGUUGUACAGGCUGAGUUCCUAAUAGGGCUGGAGGGCUGCUCAGACACCCCCAAGGGGGAACCUGAGCAAGAGAGGAGGAGGCAGAGUGAGAGGACCCUGAGGUCUGGCUGCCUUCCCUUCAGCCUCGGAUGGGUGACAGAAAUGGAGAGCAGAGGACCAGGCCACCAGCUAUCUGGCCUCGGCCCUUCACGCCUUAACACUAAGCCCACCUCCCUGCCCACCACUGGGCCAUGGCUGCUGGGCCCCGGGCUGGGUGAUGGUCAGUAUUUGUAAGCAUCUCAACAGAAUAAUAAACCAUUU